UCUGCCUCCUCUAUUAUUUAUGUCCAACCAUGAUUUAUGAGGAAUCAAAGAUGAACUUGGAGCAGGAGAGGCCUUUUGUCUGCAGUGCCCCAGGCUGCUCACAGCGUUUUCCAACAGAGGAUCAUCUGAUGAUUCACAGGCACAAACAUGAAAUGACUUUGAAGUUUCCUUCAAUAAAAACAGAUAAUAUGUUAUCAGAUCAGACUCCUACACCAACACGCUUUCUGAAGAACUGUGAGGAAGUGGGCCUCUUCAACGACAUCGAUUGCUCCCUAGAGCACGAGUUCAGGAAGGCACAAGAAGAAGAGAACAACAAAAGGAAUAUCUCCAUGCAUAACACAGUUGGAGGAGCAAUGGCAGGACCUGGAUCUCACCAGCUGACAAAUACAAGGAUGCCAAACCACGACACCAGUGUUGUGAUUCAACAAGCCAUGCCAUCUCCACAGUCCAGUUCGGUCAUUACACAAGCACCUUCCACAAAUCGACAGAUUGGGCCUGUCCCAGGUUCUCUGUCUUCACUACUGCACCUACACAACCGACAAAGACAGCCUAUGCCUGCCUCUAUGCCUGGCACCCUGCCCAACCCCACCAUGCCUGGAUCUUCUGCUGUACUCAUGCCUAUGGAGCGACAAAUGUCAAUGAACUCCAACAUCAUGGGGAUGCAGGGGCCGAACCUCAAUAAUCCGUGUGCUUCACCUCAAGUCCCCCCAAUGCAUUCAGAAGCCAAAAUGAGACUGAAGGCAGCACUGACUCAUCAUCCUGCCGCCAUGUCCAACGGGAAUAUGAACACCAUGGGCCACAUGAUGGAAAUGAUGAGCUCGCGACAGGACCAGACGCCACAUCAUCAUAUGCACUCACAUCCUCAUCAGCACCAAACACUGCCACCUCAUCACUCAUACCCGCAUCAGCACCAGCAUCCAGCGCACCAUCCUCAUCCUCAGGCUCAUCACCAGCAGAAUCAUCCCCACCACCACUCACACCUUCACGCACAUCCAGCACAUCACCAGACCUCGCCGCACCCCCCGCUGCACUCAGGCGGACAAGCACAGGUUUCGCCGGCAGCGCAGCAGAUGCAGCCCACGCAGACGAUACAGCCGCCGCAGCCGACCGGAGGUCGCCGGAGGAGAGUGGUGGACGAAGACCCGGAUGAGAGGAGGCGGAAAUUUCUGGAAAGGAACCGAGCUGCCGCCACGCGCUGCAGACAGAAGAGGAAGGUCUGGGUGAUGUCACUGGAAAAGAAAGCAGAAGAGCUCACCCAGACAAACAUGCAGCUUCAGAACGAGGUUUCCAUGCUGAAAAAUGAGGUAGCACAGCUGAAACAGUUAUUGUUAACACAUAAAGACUGUCCGAUAACAGCUAUGCAGAAAGAAUCGCAAGGAUAUCUAAGUCCCGAGAGCAGUCCUCCCGCGAGCCCGGUCCCAGCUUGCUCCCAGCAGCAAGUCAUCCAGCACAACACCAUCACGACCUCCUCCUCCGUCAGCGACGUUGUGGGAAGCUCCACUCUCACCCAGCUCGCCAGCCACAGAACAGACAUCAACCCCAUCCUUUAAAAGUGGUUGAUCAGAAACUGCUA